AAAACAUUCAAAAUAUAUAGAGCAAAAGGGAAAAACCUCGCAAAAACCCCCCACCCGUGACCCGUCCCGUUCCCCUCCCGCAACCGGCGAUCCCAACUUCCGGCGGCGGCGGCGGCGGCGGCAGCGGCAGCGGCGGCGAAGAUGAUCAUCCCGGUGCGCUGCUUCACCUGCGGCAAGGUGAUCGGGGACAAGUGGGACAUGCACCUCGACCUCCUCCAGUCGGACUACACCGAGGGGGACGCUCUGGAUUUUUUGAACUUAGUCCGCUACUGCUGUAGGCGAAUGUUGAUGACCCAUGUCGACCUCAUCGAGAAGCUCCUCAACUACAACACGCUGGAGAAGACCGACGCUGCCAGUUAAGCGAACCUGGCAUGCCCGAAUGCUGGUCCGUGGUACCUAGAACCCUUCAAUGGAGUGUUAUGAUGUGUGUUAAUACAAUGUGUAUGGAGUCUGUACAUACUUAAAUGAUGUUCUCUCUAUCCCAUGCUCUAUCUGCUGAUGAGUGUAUUUGGAAGGUCAUCCUAACUCCAAGUUGACCAGGGAUCUGCCUUGUGCUGCUUGCUAUGUGACAAUUUCUGAACAACUGGAAGAGUCAUGGGCGUACUAAUUGACAUGCCGUUUUACCUUAUGUGCCAAAUUUUCCAUGGUUAUAUAUAAUAUCUUCCCCUGAAA